AUGCCUAUCGACUAUUCCAAAUGGAAAGCGAUUGAAGUGUCAGACGAUGAGGAUGACACUCAUCCGAACAUCGAUACUCCCUCAUUGUUCAGAUGGCGUCAUCAGGCACGUCUGGAAAGAAUGGCAGAGAAAAAGCAGAAGAGGGAGGAGAUCGAGAAGAACAAGUCUGCAAGCAACAGCAAAGUAGAGGAGCUUGAAAAGAAACUAAAAUCUACGGAAAUAAGCGCAGAGGAGAAGGAGAAAAUCGAGAAAGAAAUUGCAGAAAUUAAAGAUCAGGAAGCGAAAUGGUUGGCAAAGGAAAAGGAAUUAGAAGAACAAGAGCGGCUCGAACCUUGGAAUGUGGACACCAUCGGACAUGAGGCGUUCAGUUAUUCGCGUAUUAACAAAGUUGGUGAAAAGAAACCUCCACCGAAGUUGUCUGAUGAGGAGGACUCGAAGAGAAUGGAAGCGAAAUGGUUGGCAAAGGAAAAGGAAUUAGAAGAACAAGAGCGGCUCGAACCUUGGAAUGUGGACACCAUCGGACAUGAGGCGUUCAGUUAUUCGCGUAUUAACAAAGUUGGUGAAAAGAAACCUCCACCGAAGUUGUCUGAUGAGGAGGACUCGAAGAGAAUGCCUCAUCCAAGAGUAUGGGAAACUAAGACCUUGGAGGAAUCUGAAGAAUUCAUUCUUGAGCACCCACAUCUUGCCAGCGAAUACACAGCUAACUACCUUACAAUUGAUGCACUCAAUUUGGCAAUCGAUAAUAAAGAUGACGAAAUGUGUAAUGUUGCUCGACAAUGUAUCGUAAUACAGUACUUAUUGGAGUUGGCGAAAAACAUGAACGCUAUUCCUACGAACUUGAAUAUUAUUAAAGCUUUCUUCAAAAAAUUCCGCUCUGCAGAUCCGCAAUAUCUCAAGCUGUACACGGAUGAGGUGGCUGCAUUUGAAGACCGGCUAAGGCGACGUGCUAAAGAAAAACGCGAUGCUGCUCUGGCCGAAUAUGAAGCUGAAGAAAAGGAAAAACGUAUCGCAGCCGCACCAGGAGGCCUGGACCCACAAGAAGUCUAUGAAUCGCUGCCUGCUGAAAUGCGCGCCGCAUUUGAUAGCCAAGAUGUCUCUAAGCUGCAAGAAGUUGCAUUAACAAUGGAUAGAGAGGUGUUUGCUUACCAUUUCCAACGCUGUAUCGAGUCUGGAUUGUGGGUUCCCAACGCAAACGCCGAGGAGGGCGAACAUGCCGAGGAGGCGCAGGAGGAAGCUGAUACGGCGGCGGCGGCGGAAAAGAGCUAA